AUGCGCUCCCUCUUCUGCCAACCCGGCGCCCACCCGCGCUCUGAAAUCCCGGCCUGGUCCUCCGCAAGACGCAACUCUCUCGCCGCUCUGCUGCCGGCCAGUCAGACGGAGUCGUAUGCACAGGCUAUGCAGCGUGCUUGGCUUGCUCAUCCCUAUGCCCCCUUUGAACAGCGCGUCUUGUCGUUUUUGCAGCAUUUGCACGAGGGUGUGGAGAAGCCGGAUUUGGCGCAGGUCGAGGAGGGGAGGAUUAGUAUUGACGGGAGGGAGUUUUCAGAGGCAGAGUCUAGGGCGGCUAUGCAUAGGAUGGGUUUGUGA